GCCGGGUUUGAGCCAACAGGACACUGUCCUCUUGAAGGGCACUUCAGUCACACUUCUGCUCCACGUUUUGCUUUCUAAUCGUUGGCUUCAUGUUUAGCCAGGUAAUUACCUGUUAAGCCUCUACGACUGAAGGAGGCCAAGAGGAGAAAGAAAACAGAGCGGACAGGAUAUUGUGCAGCCAUUCACAACACAAGUGGAGCACUACUCGAGGAGGACGAGAAGGGCUCGACUUCUUGUUUUCUUUUCUCAUCAUUUAGGAGAGGGAAAUAAGCAUGUCAAAGGCAGGAGAGAGGACACCCUCUACAACUUCUGUUGACUCUGCUGCAACAGAUAGUAGCAAAGAUGUCUCCCCAUCAGGAUCCGUCUCAGAAACACCCAAGAAGUCAUCCAAGAAGGCCAAGAAAAGCCAGGACAUGAACAAAGUCUACAACUCUGUGCUCAACAGUGUUUUUGGGGCGGAGAGAGAACUGGCUCAGGCAGAGUUGGAUGAGUUGCAAGAGGCCUUCAAAGAGUUUGACUACGAUCAAGAUGGCUACCUGAACUACAAGGAUGUGGCUGAAUGCAUGAGGACUAUGGGAUACAUGCCCACAGAAAUGGAGCUGCUGGAGAUUGUACAACAGAUCAAGAUGAGAAUGGGCGGGUUAAUGGACUUUGAGGACUUUACUGAACUGAUGGGACCCAGGAUGAUGGGAGAGACCGCUCACAUGCUGGGAAUAAAAGAGCUCCAGUCCGCAUUUGUACAGUUUGACCUGGAUGGAGAUGGAAAGAUCAACCAGGAUGAGAUGAAGGAGGCAGUGAAGUCGAUGCUGGGGGAGAAGCUGAAGAAAGGAGAACUGGAGGAGAUCUUAAAGGAGCUGGACAUUAACGAGGAUGGAAGCAUUGACUUUGAAGAGUUCGUGAUGAUGCUCUCCAUUCGCUAGCUGCUGAAAAAAAGACUGGAUACAUUAACACAUCUGGAUCAUUCCAUAGAUAGAUAAAACAACUAUGACCAAACUAACAAUAUUGCAAAGUUUGUGAUUUAGGUGUAGACAUACAAGCAUAAUGUGUGCCUAACUGUAAUAAUUGUAUGAAUGAUGAUAUGUUGAAUGAGUGGAAAUGAUGCUGUAUGUCUCUGGUGUCAGACAUGAAUGUUUUGCAGUGAUAUAACAUGUAAAUACGACUGAAAUAUUUUGCUAAAGAUUUUAAUAAAGA